AAUUGAACCCUGACGGUCUGAUGAUUGUCCUUAAAAGGGAGGGGCUUGUUCGAUAAAAUUGGCCAAGGCCAGGUCGUCUGUUCUCGACAGAGAAGUGUGCUUGCACUGGAGUCACUCCAGUAAAGAAGUGCAGUAAUCACGCGUUGUCUGGGCAGACUAUACACAACGUUUGACGUGAAUUUGUUGAGAAGCAAUCUCUUCCAGUCAUGGCUGAACGACCAAAGGGCUACGGAAUGACGGCAGAACUGGCAGAUAAAACUGCUGCCAAGUAUGACCCACAACAGGAGAGGGAAGCGCAGGAUUGGAUUGAAGCGGUCACGGGGGAGAGGGUACAAGGAUCGUUCCAGGAGGGCCUUAAAAGUGGAGUCAUCCUAUGCAAGUUGAUCAACGUACUGCAACCUGGAUCUGUCAAAAAGAUCAAUGAAAGUAAAAUGGCAUUCAAAAUGAUGGAAAACAUCGGCAAUUUUUUGGACGCGUGUUACGCUUACGGAUGCCCAAAGGCGGAUUUGUUUCAGACUGUUGACCUGUAUGAAAACCAAAACAUGCCGCAGGUUAUAAAUGGGAUUCAUGCGCUAGGACGUAAGGCUCAGGCAAAGGGAUUCAGUGGACCAACACUCGGGCCGAAGGAGUCCCAGGGUAAUAAGCGAGAAUUCUCCGAGGAGCAAAUGAGGGAAGGCCGGGGCGUCAUCGGUCUUCAGAUGGGUAGCAACAAGGGCGCAUCACAGUCGGGACAGAUCUUCGGACUUGGGCGGCAGAUCAAAAGUGAUUAGGCGUCUGGCACCGAGACACCGCGCGCACAACAACGGAAUAUAUUCCACAUUGUCAGAAAUCGGUCAAAAUGCAAAAUGGGCUUUUCUUUCGCCAAUCAAUCUUAGAGAAUUGCCGUGCUGAUUCAACUUCAAUACAUGUAUUAAGUUGCAGUUACAUGAUAUGAUUUUUUGUUGGGAUUUUGUUUUUUUAUUUAUUGUCAUUUUUGGUUUUUACUUUUUUGAUCUUUACUUUUAUCCGCAACUUUGACAGCCUAAAUCUUUGUGUUCAUUGCAUGGCUGUCACCAAAAUUUGAUGAUAAAAGUCAAGAUUGAUUCCUACCAAGACUCCGAAGUAACAUGUUUAUCUCUAUUUAAGACAAUUCAGGCCUUGCGUAUGGUAGAUAUAAAUCUCGUGACCGAUUUUUUGCAUAAUGAUGCAUUGGAGCCUUCUAGAAGGAUGCAACCCUAGCGGUGUUAUUUUUGUGGUGCGAAGGGUUUUUGUAUAGCAUGUCAUUUGGCAGCAUAUUAUAUAUUUUUCAAAAUGUAUAAUUAUACUUAGGCGCGAAACGAUUUUGUCCUCCAAAAGUGGGUAAAUUUUGUUUCUAUUGGUAUUGGUUUGACGGUGUUGUGCAGAGCAUGCUCAAUUAAAUUUUUGACUUGUUUAUCUAAAAUGUUUAUUCAUGUGUUGGAUACAAGAAUAGCGGUAGUUUUGUCUUUCUUUAUACCUGCGUGCACACAGUUAACACCAAAGAAAACAAUCUGUGUCAGCAUCAUCGGCAUUGAUAGGUUUUAGACAGGGUUUGUUUUGAUAUAAUAUGCAUAGCUUACGGGUAGGUUUCCAGCAAAAAUCUUGGCAUUUUUAUUAAACUUUGUUAAAUUUGCGGUUUUUGGUCUGUGUUGUCAUUCGUCCAACGUCGAGCUUUCUCUCGCUCAGCAUGAUUUCAGUUACGUUUAGACUAUAGUUUCAUAGAACAUGGUAUAUUUUGUUGUACUACGAAAUUGUUACCUGUUGAACAUAACUGAUUCAUGGACACGUUUUGUUUCGAUUCAAGCCUAAUCACGAUAAUGCUUCAAAGUAUCUUCAGCCAAUCAGUGAAAGAUAUUACAGGCACAAUUUAAAAGAUCCGUUUUUGUAGUAGCUCAGUUGACUUUCGCGUUGAGGAAUUAAAAUAAAAUUUCAGUAAUUUUACGCGGUAGCUGAACCUGUUUAAGUAGCGGUAAGUUAUUCUUGUGCCUUUUUAAAAUUUGUUCUUAUGGGUUCAAGCGCUUUUAUAUUGAAGCAAGGAAAUGGCUGAGAGAUGGCAUGAUCUUUGUUUUAAUCUCAUGCGCUGACGUGGCGGUAAUAAUUACGCAUAAAUUUACUUCUUUUUUGGAGGCUACAAGCGUGGAACUUGAUAAAAGUAGAGCUGUUUAUUCAUAAUCGACCCAUGAAACUGUUAGAUUUGACCUCUUAAAUAAAUCUUAGACCCAGUAACCACUUCAUGUGAAGCAACUACA